AUGUUUGACCGUACACCGGAAUUCCGGCAAUGUCUGCAGGAUGUGCAAGCAACACUGAACAUACAUAACGCAUCGAAGCCACGAAAGCCCGCGACUUCACCCGAACGGAAUGACCAGCUCAGCAGAGCGACAGCGUCAGCAUAUAUGCAAGAUGCCUAUACAAUUCUACGACAUAUCCAGGCCCUGUCCAAAGUCCUCGCCGUUAUUCGAAGACCGUACCUCAACGUGGAAGUGAAUGACAUGGUCUCUACUCGCGAUGCUAGUGCCGUGGUAGACUUGAUGACAGAUGGGGCUUCUCUGGGAGCUCUCAAGUACCUAACCAGCCAACAACGAGACCAAGUCGACCUGCAGGCGAAGAUGAUUAUUUCGCGGUGCGCAGAGCGUGUGAGGGCGAUGGAACAAGUAGAACAGAACAGAGAACAACUGGCCACGUCGCGGACGAGCAAGAUCAUAAAGUUGCUCCCAGCCCGUCUUGUAUCUCAGGGAAAUUCCGCCACACUGGCCUCCGACUUUUUGGCUGCACACAACACCAGUGUGACCUGGUAUCUAAAUCGACGGCUGGCAGAGGUCAGCCAAACCCAAAAAGAGAUGCAAGAGGAGCGCAUCAAGAGGCAACUUGAGCGCACAAAGACACUGGGUUCAAUGACGGCAGAUCCUCUUCGUCCAACCUCACUAGCUCCAAAAGCCUCGGAAGGAGGACUAUGGCCCACUUCUUUGGGCUCGCGGGCGAAACCAAACGGGACACCAGUACCGACAUACGAAGAUCCAGAAGACUCUGAAGACGAGAUGGUCCUCUCACAAUCCCAGAUUCAGCAAUUUGAAGAGGAGAAUGCCGCCAUCUUACGAGAGGCUCAAGACGCACUGGCCACAGUGCAACAAGCAGAGUCGCGGUUGAUGGAAAUCUCUGCUCUUCAGAUGGAGCUUGUCAAUCACUUGACACAACAAGCAGAGAUAACCGACCAGCUUUACGAAGACGCCAUCGAAGCUGGGGCUACCGUCAACGCGGGCAACAAGCAGCUCCAAGAGGCACGAAGGAGACAAAAGGACUCUCGGCUAUUCAUAUUGGUAUUUCUUAUGGGAGCGUCAUUGGCACUGUUGUUCUUGCACAAUUAUUGA